UUGACUCGAACUGAUUUCACUACAAAACUACUACGUUAUUUUCUAGUGUGGGUGUCCCAAGUAGUGGGAAUGUUUAUAUUUAUAAUGAACUCAUAUUUAAAUUAUGUCAGUACUACUAUUAUCAUUGUAGAGUAGACAGUGUUUUAGUACCGUAUGUUUUUGUGACGAUAUGUUGAAUGUUCAUAAAUUAUGGCUAUUUUCAAGUCUCUGCGUCAUUGUUAUUGUAGUUCUAUAUUUUCAAUCGGAAAUAGCACGAUUAGAGGAAGCCUAUCGCAAACUAGAGUACAAACUAGUGCAAUCACAUUCAGAAUCACGUCAAUUUUUUCCAAGAGACGAACUAAAAGAUGACGAUGAUUUAGUUGUAAUAUACAAUAGAGUGCCUAAAACUGGAUCUACGAGUUUUGUUGGUGUAGCUUACGAUUUGUGUAAGAAGAAUCAUUUUAAAGUACUGCAUAUUAAUAUAACUGCAAACAUGCAUGUAAUGUCCCUUAGCAAUCAGUACAAGUUUGCUCAGAAUGUAACCAAAUGGCGAGAGAUGAAGCCGGCUCUUUAUCAUGGCCAUAUGGCAUUCCUAAAUUUUGAGAGAUUGGGUACAUCAUCGAAACCAAUAUUUAUUAAUCUAAUUAGAAAACCAUUAGAUAGACUUGUUUCAUAUUACUAUUUUCUAAGACAUGGGGAUAAUUUUCGUCCUCAUUUAGUUCGGAAAAAACAUGGUGACAAAAUGACAUUUGAUGAGUGUGUGGAAAAAGGUCAGCCAGACUGUGACCCCAAUAACAUGUGGCUUCAAGUACCGUUCUUUUGUGGACAUGCAGCUGACUGUUGGAAACCUGGUAAUUUAUGGGCAUUACAGCAAGCUAAACACAACCUCGUGAACCACUACCUGGUAGUGGGAGUUACUGAGGAAAUGCUGGACUUCAUAUCUGUCCUCGAAGCGAGCUUGCCGCGUUUAUUCAAAGGGGCUACGGAACACUAUCUCAAUAGCAACAAAUCGCAUUUAAGGCAAACAAGCUCAAAAAUCGACCCAUCACAAAGGACCAUAGAGAAAAUACAACAGUCGACAAUUUGGAAAAUGGAGAAUGAACUCUACGAGUUCGCUUUGGAACAGUUUAAAUUUAUCAAGAAGAAGAUACUAUUGAGAGAAACGAACAGCGUUGCGCAAAUUUUCUUCUACGAGAAGAUACGACCAAAAUGAUACUUUCACACUAGGUAAUACAGUUGAUUUCUCCUUGUGCAGUAGUUGUGUUAGAAUUUGUAUGUGGUAGUUAAACAUUCCAUUCUUAAUCUAAGAAUCUUAUUUAUUGAUUAGUUAUUUAAUUAACUUUUGUUAAAGAACCAAAUGUUUUUUUUUUGUAUAUUUCGAUUAUAAACAGGGAAGUUAAAAGACAUUACGUGAGGCUUAUAUUUGAUAUGAAAGCGACAUGUCUUUAAAGACAUUUGAAAUAACAUGGUGAACUCGACAAAUAAAUAAGAAUGAUUAACUUUGUUGACAAAAAACAUAUAAUAUAAAAAAAUGCAAGUUUAAAAAUAUAAGAAGUGGUAUUAAAUGACUUCAAAAAACCAUUUAUUUAACCAACUUACAGACGUGUUAGGUUCAUAAUUUUUGUACACAAUAUUAUAUAUUAUAGUGAUGUAUAGUUUAUUUCAAUUUGUGUAAUAGCAUAUUGACAUGUUUUACUAAAAUCUUGUCGAAUUAUAAAAUAAAAUGAACAAUAUAAUAGUAUAUUAUGAUAUAUUAAUUUGAUUUGUUAUUAAAAAUCACAUUAAGAUUAGAAUGCGAGUAGAAAAAUUUGACUUAGUUAUUAAACUUACUUGUACUAAACCUUAGUCACCUCAUUAAUUGAAUAAAUUAAUUGAAUCAAUUGCUUGGAAGUAAAUCCAAUAUUCAUAUAUCUUAAAAGCAGCCGGUUGGCGUGGUUGGUAGAUAUUUGCCUUUCAUACCGAAGGUUGUGGAUUCGAUUCCCACCCAGGACAGACAUUUUUGUGCAUGAACAUGUCUGUUUGUCCUGAGCCUGGGUGUAAUUAUCUAUAUAAGUAUGUAUUUACAAAAGAAAAGUAGUAUAUCAGUUGUCUGGUUUCCAUAGUACAAGCUCUGCUUAAUUUGAGAUCAGAUAGCCGUGUGUGACUAAUGUCCCAGGAUAUUAUUAUUGUUAUUAUAAAAGACAACGUAGAUAUAUAGAAUACUAAAAGAGCCUUAUGUGUUCAUAAUAUUAUGCUUAUUAAAUGUUUUGGCUUCACUAGUUUCAAGUUAUUUAUCGAAUAAUGUUGAAUAUGUAUCAAGUUUUGUCAUCAUGAAAUGAAACAUUUAAUAAAAAUAAUUCAUAGAACUCCUUUAUCUUCGGAUUAAGUAUAUCUAAUAUAUAUAUAUUUUUACAUAUUGGAUAUAUUUCAAAGGUUCGGCCUAUGUGACUUAAUUUACUAAAAUUUUACUACAUUAAUACAUUUGUUUACAAUUAUAGUAUCCAAGUUAGGUCAUCGUAGAAUCAUUUGUUACUAAUGUAUAAGACAGAAGUUGUUAAUUUUCCUUUUUUGAAAAUUAAACAUUAGAGAGAGACGCAUUGAUUAUUAUUUCAUGAAAUAAUAAUAUAAUUUAUAAUUACUAUGUUGUAUGAAAAUCUUGUUAUCGUCUCGAUUUGUAAUUAUUAUAUUAUAUACUUAGUAAUAAGUAGUUAAUUGUAUAUUUUGAUUUGUAUAUCAUAGCAUUUACUAGACUAAU